AUACGGACAUAGUGAUAAAUUCAAUAAAAAAAUGAUAACAUGACGAAAUAUGUUUCCAGUUGGACAGUUUCAUACAGGGCAGAAUAAAAACGGGGCGAUGCUUCAAUAUGACGAACGUAAAACUGAUACUGGAAAGAGCAAAAUAUUUGCCAACAAACUAGUGUAUUUUAAUCUAUAUUCGUUUUUAUUGAUAUUUUUCUUAUCUCUACAAAAAGCUAAUUCGAAUACGACAAAUAUGAAUCAGCACGGCGAUAAUGUUAUUAAAGUAAGUGAUGAAAAUAAUUUUAAUGUUAACAACGUACAGAACGAUUCACCGAACGAUGAAUACGAUGAAAAUGACGAUGUUCACGAAGAAAAAUAUACAAAUGUCAAUUUUGAUAAGAAUCCAUAUUAUAAUAACGAAAAAUUUCCACAGCACAGUGACAUUUAUAAUCACGAAAGAAACGGUUACAGUGACUAUAGUGAUUAUAAGAGAUAUUAUUUAAAUCCUUCUAAUCCAUUACCUAAAUCUAGUGUUAAAUUUAAAAUAAGCAGUAGGAUAGUCCAGACAAAAUAUGGAAAAUUACAGGGGAUUGUAUUGGCUAUGGAUGAACACAGAUACUUGAGUCCACUUGAAGUGUUUUUAGGUGUGCCCUACGCUACGCCUCCCGUGGGAUCUAACAGGUUUAGUCCAACAAGAACGCCUUCACCCUGGGACGGUGUGAGAGUGUCUGAUCGUCCAGGUCCAGCUUGUCCUCAAAAACUCCCAGAUCUUGAUGACGAUCGGAUUCUAUUAGAAAAAAUGCCCAAGGGUAGACUAGAUUACAUAAAAAGACUGAUACCUUAUCUUAAGAACCAAAGCGAAGAUUGUCUUUAUUUAAACAUAUUUGCUCCCUUGCAAAUGGAUGAAACUAAGCUGGCCCUGCCCGUAUUGGUAUAUAUACAUGGAGACAGUUACUCAAUGAGCUCAGGGAAUCCUUAUGAUGGUGCAGUACUCGCUAGCUACACGGACCUCAUCGUUGUAACUUUAAAUUUUAGACUUGGUGUAUUAGGAUUCCUAAACGCAAAUCCGACUCCGCACUUGAAGGCUAGAGUGGCGAACUACGGUUUAAUGGAUCAAAUAGCUGCGUUGCAUUGGGUACAACAAAAUAUUGCAUUGUUUGGAGGAGACCCGACAAAUAUAACGCUAAUGGGUCACGGAUCGGGAGCUGCUUGUAUCAAUUUCUUAAUGAUCUCACCAACAGUUAUGCCAGGUCUUUUUCACAGAGCGAUACUUUUAUCAGGCUCAGCUCUCAGUUCCUGGGCUAUAGUUGAUGAUCCUGUUUACUAUUCAUUGAAAUUAGCGAAACGUAUGAACUGCACAAUACCUGAAGAUCUCGCAAAAGACCACGAAGUUAUAGUAGACUGCUUAAGAGACGCAACAAUAGAAGAAUUAUUAUCAAUUGAUAUAUCGCCUCCGAAUUUCCUGACGGCGUUUGGACCAUCAGUGGAUGGAGUCGUAAUCAAGACAGACUUUGCAAAGGACUUUUUGACUCUUCAUUCGACUGCCGAUUUUCCUAGCUUUGGACCUUUAAAUAAUAUGAAUCAGAACAAUUUUCAUAUAAAGAGAAGUGAUAGUGGAAGACGUUUGUUCCAAAAUAAAUACGAUUUGCUAUUUGGUGUUGUAACUUGUGAAUCUCUAUGGAAGUUCUCCGCCCACGAUAUCCAAAAUGGUAUUGAACCAGAGAAAAGAGAUCGAAUGCUGAGAACCUAUGUCAGAAAUUCCUAUACCUACCAUUUGAGCGAAAUAUUUUACACGAUCGUCAACGAAUACACCGACUGGGAAAGAACGGUAGAGAAUCCAAUAAACACCAGAGACGCUACCAUAUCUGCCUUAUCCGAUGCUCAAUACAUAGCGCCUUUGAUACAAAGCGGUGAUCUGCUGAGUGGAGGACCAAAGAUUACGCUAACUGAUGAAGAUUCGCCUGGAAGACCGACUAAAACUUUCUUUUAUGUUUUCGACUAUCAAACAAGGGAUGGGUAUUAUCCGCAGAGAAUGGGUGCUGUUCACGGCGAGGAACUCCCAUAUAUCUUCGGAGCUCCAUUAGCCGAAGGUUUCGGACAUUUCCCAGAGAACUACACUAAGUUCGAGACAGCACUGUCUGAGUCUAUAAUGCUCUUCGUGGCCAACUUUGCGAAAACCGGAAAUCCAAAUGACAACGCUCGUCAAGAAGCCUUUCUUCCAGCGUCAAGGGAAAGAAAUAAGUUUCGCGGCAUAAAUUGGGAAGAAUAUGACUCGACACACCAGAAGUACCUCGAAAUAGGUAUCAAACCACGUAUGAAAAAUCAUUAUCGCGCUCAUCAGCUGUCAGUUUGGCUUCGACUCGUUCCCGAACUUCAUAGAACGGGUAUGGAAGAUGUCGCGGCACGCCACAAUUUAUUCAGGAACCAUAACGAGCAAGAUCUGUAUGAAGGCAUCGUUAGACCUGAUCCUUUGGCACGGAAUGCCGAUAAUGAUCAGAUAAGGCGCAAUGGUUCGGCUUAUUCCGAUACAGCGUUAACCACGGUCGAUACGAUAUUAGCUACGUGCGUGACUAUGAUGCCAAGCGGGAGAGAUUUGCAGAGUUUCAACGCCACGGAUAAUACUUUAGCCAAUUUAGAAGCCGCAGGCUAUGCGGCGUAUUCAACCGCUCUAAGCGUAACGAUAGCUAUAGGUUGCUCUUUGCUUAUAUUGAACGUUUUGAUAUUCGCCGGUGUUUAUUACCAAAGAGAUAAAUCAAGGUCCCGCGGGAAGCAGCAACGUUUCAAUGAAAAACACUUUGAAACGAUAUCUGGAAAGCACUCCCAUUAUCAUAUCGACCCUAACCUCGCCCCUAGUUUGGUAGUGGACAUCGAGCGGCAAAAUAGAAAGAAAAUAAUGGCGGAUCCAAGUUUAGGGAAUCUGAACUUUAAGGGGCCUUUGGAUGGUCCAAAAUCGCCAAGCCCGACUCUCAGUAUAGAUAAUAUGAUGUUGCCAAGUAAAUUGGGCAGUCGUAAUAGUAGUUUCAGAUUGCCAAAUGUUAGCUAUCCCCAAGUGGGAGGGUAUGCUACAUUGCCAAAAAAAUUGAAUCAAUUUAGUAAUUCACCACCUUUGCAAGAUUUAAGGCAUAAAUAUCCACCGAAUGGUUCCGCUGACUCGCCUGGCAGAGAGGAAUCUUCGAGAGCCCACCAUGCAACAUUGAGACGGGGAAAAUCUCUUCAUCCAUCAAACCUUCCGCAAACCGCUAUCGAUGAAAUGAGAGUGUGACAUUUGAAUUAAGACUUUUAAGUGAUUUGUGAAGUGUAAAUAAUUGUAUGAAAAUGACGUUUUUUUAGGGA